UGCCGCCGGCGCCGGCUCGCCCCACAUGAGGAUGAGAUUAUUGCUUUUACGGCUCCAGCGGAGUGGUGCACCACGUGGGAUAACGCAGCCCGCGCGUGGCUCGCCGGGUUUCUGAUUGGCGAUUCGGCAGCGUAUCCGAUCGGGGUCCCGGAGAAGGGAGGGAGGAUGACGGUAUCCUCCGGAUGAGACGCUCCUCCACACACCGCGUAUAUAACCAUGCCGCUCGUCGCGUGGGAAUAACGUCGCAAUUCUCUCGCUUUCCUGCCCCAGGCCUCGGACCAGUUCGAUUUGACAAGCCCCUCGUUGAUCUUGUCGAUCGUCGCCAUGGCUGUCCUCUCGCUCCCACGCGCCCUGCUUCUCGCGGGUGCCGCGCUCCCCCUGCUGGGCUUUGCCCAGACCAUCACCACCCAGGAAGGCGAAGUCAUCCCCGCAAACGAGAUUACUGUCGCCCCUGCCGCCGAGGUCGUCCAGGACGAGCCGGAGCCAGCCGCGCUCCAGCUGACUGACGCUGUGCUGGCCAACCUCACGGCCUACCAGCUGAGCAACAUUGAACUCUUCCUGUUCGACUCUAACACAACCUCGACCAGUGUGAAGCGCACCGAGGUCGGUGACUGCAAGGUCUACCCCGGCGACGCGAGGUGGCCGUCGCGCCUCGUCUGGUCCGUCUUCAACCUGCUGUCGGGCGGCGCCCUCAUCGAGACGGUUCCUAUCGGCGCCGUCUGCUACCCCAACAGCGGCGUGUACGACUCCGCCAAGUGCCAGAACAUCAUCGAUAACUGGACUCAGUCUGCCACUCAUGCCAGCGACCCGACUUCGGUCAUGUCCCCCCUGUUCCAGGGCGAGACGUGCAUGCCGCAGAACGGCAACUCGUCGCAUUGCACCCUGGGCGGCUUCCCUUCGUACGCCGUCAAGGCCACCAGCGUCUACCAGAUCCAGCUGGCCGUGAACUUUGCCCGCAACAUGGGCCUGCGCCUAAUUGUCAAGAACACGGGCCACGACUUCCUGGGCAAGUCGCUCGGCGCCGGCGCCCUGUCCAUCUGGACCCACAAUCUCAAGACCAUCAAGUUCAAGAAGUCGGUCAAGACCCCCUCGUACUCCGGCCCGGCCAUUGAGCUCGGUGCUGGUGUCCAGGUCGGCGAGCUGUACGCCGCUGCCAACGAGUUCGGCGUGACGGCCGUCGGCGGCGAGUGCAAGGGUGUCGGUGUCGCCGGCGGCUACUCGGCCGGCGGCGGUCACUCGCCGCUCUCGAGCAAGUUUGGUCUUGGUUCCGACCAAAUUCUGAGUCUCGAUGUGGUGCUGCCCAACGGCCGCUUCGUCACGGCCAGCGAGACGGAGAAUGAGGACCUCUUCUGGGCUCUCCGCGGCGGCGGUGGCUCCACCUUUGGCGUCGUCACGUCCAUUCUCGUCAAGGCGCACCCCAAGAUGAACUUCUCUGGCCUGACAUGGACCAUCAUGGCCGGCCCCGACACGGCCAACUCGAACGACGUCUUCUGGCAGGCCAUGUACGCCUACUGGGCCAAGUUCCCCGAGUUCGCCGCCAAGGGCUCGUACGGCUACGGAUCCAUCUUCCCCACCGGUACGGGCUACAUGUGGAGCAUGAACCCCUGGCUGGUCCCCGGCAUGGCGCUGGCCGACUUCAAGGCCAUGGUGCAGCCACUGUUUGACGAGUGGACCGCCAUGGGUUUCUCUUUUACUCCUGUCUUCUUCGAGCACGACAACUUCUACGACACGUGGUCGACGGGCCACUUCCCGACCGAGGCCGUCGCCAACUCGAACCUGCGCACCGCCUCCCGCCUCUUCCCGCGCAGCGCCUGGGCCAACGAGACGGAGCGCGUCGCCAUGUUCGACGCCGUCCGCUCCGUCGUCGAGGAGGGCUCCGCCCUGAUUCAGUACAACAUGAACCCCGCUGCCCCCGCCGGCACCCCGGCCUCGGGCGCCAAUUCGCACUGGCGCGACGCCGUCUGGUUCGGUAUCAUGGGCACCGGCUGGGCCCCGGGCAUCUCGCAGGCCGAGCUCGAGGCCGUCCAGCGCAAGAUCACCGACGACUGGAUGGGCCGCCUGCGGCCCUACGGCCCCGGUGGUUAUAUGAAUGAGGGCGACGUCAUGGAGCCCGACUUUGCCGAGGCAUUUUUCGGUACCAACUACGACCGCCUGCUGCAGAUCAAGCGCCGCGUCGACCCGUACGAUGUCUUCUGGGCCCCGACCGCUGUCGGCUCGGAGCGCUGGAAGGUUGCGGGCCAGCCCGACUGGCUGACGCUGCAGACCGGCAAGCUGUGCAAGGUCUCGAACUAAGUCACGCAGUAGCUGGGAGUUCCGUCCGAAGGAGUGGUGAGCUUGUUGAGGAACAAUAGCAACACAGUACAUGUAGAGUGUAUAUAUAAUGUCUUGGUCUAACUUAUCCAUUGUAAUUUUUUUUUUCCCUCGAUCAACCCAUUUCCAUCGAAGCAGAAAU